AUGUCGCCAUCUCGGACGCGUUUGCAGGGCCAUCGCAAGACCACUCCUCCCGUGAAGUUCCGAGACGAGACGGCGAAGUUUCUGUCGAUGUCUCCUGGAAAGGGCUACGAGACUGAGACGUCCUUGAGCCCGCAGGAGAAGCAGUAUCUCUGUCAAGUGGGAACCACUACAAAGACCAAGAAUCUAACUCCGAACCCCGACCUCAGCUACUCCCAAAACUCGACAUGGACGGAAGUUUCUACAAUUUUCCCUUCUCUCAUACCAUACCAACGGGAUCUCGCUGGCUCCUUUUUCCUCACCUACGUCACUAUCGUUGGCCGCAGCGUGGAGUCAACCCGCGGGUUCGUCGAGUUAUGUUUUGCGAGUGAUCCCAGGUCCACCGCCCAAGAUCGCUCCCGUCGGGGAGGGCACACGUCCUUCUCAACAGGCUUUGGCCCAAGUUUCUGA